AUGCAGUGUCUUCAUUGUUCAAAGCAUGUUUGUAUUGAUUGCGCUCAAAAACACGUUGCUCUUGUUACUCAACAAAUAGACAUAGCUCAACAUGUUCUCAAUGAUAAAAUCAGUAUAAUUGAUCGGUUAUCAGCUUCAGCUAAGGAACUCGUUAAUACUGAACGUACCAGAAUUAUAAAACAAGCAGACACUCAACGAGACCAAGCAUUCGGUCAGAUCGAUCAAAUAGCCGCACAAGAAAAGGAACAAAUACGAAACAAAGGCGUACCAUUAAAUGAAUUGCCAUUAGAUGAAAUUCCUUCUUACAUCCAACGUAUGACUAAAGAAAUGGAAUAUCUUAACGAAACUAACAAUAAACUGUUUCGAAUCGAUACUACUUUGCCUAAAAUUCAAGUCCAGCAACAAUUCAACACUUAUAGAAAAUAA